UUAAAGUUCAUUUCGUUUUUUUUCUUCAGAAGUUGUAUUAAUAAUUUCAUAUCGUACACGAUUAUUGUCUUAUUGAUAAUCAAGCAAACUUUAUACAAAAAUGAAGUGGCAAUAUAAAGAAGAACAUACUUUCGAUAAGAGACGAACAGAAGGAGAGAAAAUUCGCAAGAAGUAUCCCGACCGAGUUCCUGUCAUUGUGGAGAAAGCAAUGAAAGCAAGAAUUGGUGAUUUGGAUAAGAAGAAAUACCUAGUUCCUUCAGAUUUAACUGUUGGUCAAUUUUACUUUUUGAUUCGCAAACGAAUCCAUCUUCGCCCAGAAGAAGCUUUGUUCUUCUUUGUAAACAAUGUGAUCCCACCAACAAGCACAACCAUGGGACAACUUUAUCAGGAGCACCAUGAAGAAGAUUUCUUCUUGUACAUCGCAUACAGUGAUGAAAGUGUCUAUGGGGCGUGACUUGUCGUUUAUCAACACUUGUUGAUGAUUGUCAUCAACUAUGGAUUAAUGACGAUGUGGGCAAUUAUAAACUGCCGUGUCCAAUUUAUUUGUACUGUGUAAAGUGUUUAUCAUUGCCGUGUAUGCGGAGUCCUUUUCUUGUGUUGUGUAAAUAUUAUGUACUGAUCAUGUAUUUCGUAUUGACAAUAGAAACAGGAUAUUUAGUUUAAACAACAUUUAGCGUGGUGUAAUAUAUAUUACCUUUCUUCUUUUUGCUUUUUCUUUAAAAUAGUAGUUUAAACCUUUCCAUCACAUAUCUCGUGAAUAGAACUAAAAUGAGUUUGAUUUUAUGUUUUUUGGAUGUUUAUUCAACUUACCAUUAUUUUAACAUAAUAAGUUACGUUAGCACUUGUGUUUUUAUUGAUGAUUGUUUAUGAUGUUUCUUAAACACCUUUAACUGUUGCUGAAAUAUUUCCCAAAAUAAUUGGACUUUAAAUAAAUUUGCAACAAAA